GCCCUUGUUCUCUCAAAUCAUAGGGCAAUUGUGUUGAUUUUCUGAAAGUCAGUUAUGGAAAACGAAUCAUUUUUCAACGACGAAAACGAGAAAAACCAGAAAGAAGGCCAAGAGGAUAGGAUUAAUAAUGGUCUUUCUACAUCAGAGAAGCAGCGAAGCAAGAAAAAAUUUAGUGUUAAACUAAAGCAAAAUAAUUUUGAGUUAAGCUCACUUUCAAAAACACUCCCCACACAGGACUUUAACGAUGGGGAAACUGAUUCAUUGAUUGGCGUCGCUGUCCGUCAUGGAAGGCAUUCUGUCAUUACGAAAGAAAUCGAGAAAGCGAAAAAAAAUAACAAUCUAGACAGUUUAGACAGUGUUGGUUUUGCUGCACUUCAUCAUACCACAAGAUACUGUCGAYUGGAAGCCRUUGAAAGCCUUUUGAAAAGUGGAGCUGAUGUUAAUGUCAAAUCAAGAGAUGAUCUAUUCACACCAUUGCAUAUCGCAGCAAGAUUUGGCUGGUACAAGGCGUCUGAGAUUCUCCUCGGACAAGGAGCCGAUGCAUCACYGCAAACAGUCAACGGAGCSACACCAUUACACUUAGCAUGUAGAAAAGGGAAYUGGAGGCUUGUCGAACUGCUCUUAAAGCAAAAUGGUGURGAUGUCAAUGCAAAGGACAAGUCUCUUCGAACACCUCUUCACCUUGCUGCAGCAUURAGCUACAAGAAGGUGGUCGACGUCUUGCUGGAGAAUGGUGCAGACGUGUUUGCAGUCGCCGCGGACAGAACAACACCUCUUCAUAUGGCUCUGGUGAAUGACAACAUGUGUGAAAUGACAGGCAUAGGCGGGGAGAUAUCUGUUUCGGUCAUGAAAAAAGCGUUUGAAGUGGCAAAAAUCGAGGAACAUGAUUUUUUAACCAUGACCUAUGAUUUGGAUGGUUACACCAUACUCCACAUUGCAGCUGCAUCAGGUAACACUAAAGUGAUUGAAAUGGCGCUUGACUGUGGCAUUGAUGUGGAUCUGCGUAAUACUAAAAACAAGCAAACAGCACUUCACACUGCAUCUACAAAAAAGUCUUUAAAGAUGGUUGAGUUCUUGGUUCAGAAAGGUGCAGAUAUCAAUACAAAAGACAUAGCUGGUCAAACUCCAUUGCACCAUGCUGCCAGCUUUGGUCACUGUGAUAACAUAAAGUUUUUACUCGAGAAGGGAUCAGAGGUAGAUUCGCGUGACAACAACAAUAACACUCCAAUUCUGUUAGCGGUUUCCAGCAAUAAGGCAAGUCCCUGUUCAGCGCAAUUGUUAAUUGAUAAAGGAGCAGACAUUCACGCCAAUGAGGCCUAUAUGAAGAACUGUCUUCACCUUGCUGUGGAGAAUGAUAAUUAUGAAAUGGUGGAGUUCUUACUUGGGAUUGAUGCAGCAGCACAGAAUCUACUCAACACACCAGAUGUUUCUGAAAGGGUUCCUCUUCACUAUGCCGCAAAGAGCAGUACUCUAAAGAUCCUAGAGCUGUUGUUGACAAAACAACUUCGAAUGAAUUUCCAAGACGAAGAUCAGCAUACAGCUAUGCAUCUAGCGGCAAAAGCUGACCGUGCGGAACAUGUGGAAGCAUUGGGGCGAGCCGGAGCUGCUGUAAGUGACAGGGAUGAGGAAGGCAGGACAGCAUUGCAUGCUGCAGCUUUGAAUGGGAACAGAAARGUUUGCAAGACGCUCAUCAGCCUUGGUGCGGAUAUAAAUUGUAAAGACGGCCGGGAWAAGACUCCCUUGAUGUUCGCUGCAGAAGCUGGUUGUGCUAAGACAGUGAAGACCCUAUUAAACCUCAGUGCCGAUAUUGAUGGUGUUAGUGUAGACGGCGAUACUGCUUUGUUGUCUGCAAUACGAAAUAAUAACAGUGCAGUGGUGCAAUUGUUAAUGGACCGGAAUGUCAGCGUGAYGUGUCGUGAUAACAGUGACUUUGGGGUGUUUGAGGCUGCGGUGAAAUACGAUGCUAGAGAUUCCAUUAAAGUUAUAGUUGCACACGAAAGAUGGAAAGAAAUCCUAAAUGGAAAAAGCAAUUCUCAACGUCAACGUCCAAUGGAACUUCUCAUCACACACUUCCCUGAAUCCGCUGCUACCGUUAUGAGCAAGUGCAUCACCCAUCCAACUAACAUUGUGCAAUCACAUGAAGACUACAAGAUUACUUAUGACUUUGAACUACUAGACCCAGGCCCUGACGACCCUGAUUUUGUCGCAGGUAAUCGGUACUUUGGUCCCACAACAAUGGUAAAGAAUCAGCACCAGGAUCUGUUGUUGCAUCCUCUGACACAAGAAUUGUUGCAGCAAAAAUGGUGCACGUUUGGGAAACAUCUUUACUAUAUAAGUCUUUUGCUAUAUACAUGGUUUAUGAUCUCCUACUCGUAUUUGUUGAUCACCGAGCGAGCAGAAUAUCCCGCCAGACGAGUGAAUGCAACGACUGUUUACGAAAUCUAUAGCACGUCAGGCGCCAAUCGCAACAUCGCAUGGAUGGUCCUAUGUUUUGUAGCGUUCCAACUUCUAAAAGAAGUCUUCCAAAUUUUUAUACAACGGCUUAAUUAUUUCAAACAGUUUGGCAAUCUCCUUGAAUGGGUUUUGUACUUAGGAGCUCUGCUCUUUUUGUUACCAUUUGUUGGGAAUGGGGAUUUUGUCAACUGGUUCUUUGCAGCAGCUAAAAAAACCCCUGGAAACUUAUGGGUCAUGGCACUUGUAUCAAUCAUGCUUGCUUUUACAAACUUUGUUUUGUUUUUACGCCGAUUUACAUUCUUUGCUAUCUACAUCAAUAUGUUCCUGGUUGUGUUCAGAAGCUUGAUCAAGGUUAUGCUUGUUUUUGCGGAGUUCAUUGUUGCAUUUGCUGUGGUGUUUUUCAUUCUCUUCAAAGAACAGGCUUCCUUCAAUUCAUUUCCUCACUCGUUACUGAAAACACUGUCCAUGACCAUUGGUGAGGUGGAUUUCACUUCAACCUUCAUCGAUUCAAUUAAUGAAAAGGAAAAAUCUACUGGAUAUCCACUUAAUCCCUUUCCUGAGAUGGCAUUCACAUUUUAUACCUUCUUCGUAUUUGCAAUGUGUAUCACUCUCAUGAAUCUAUUGAUUGGUUUGGCCAUUGGCGAUAUCGAUUCAGUCCAAAGAAGUGCAGAACUACAGAGACUGUCAAUGCAAGUGGAAUAUGUUGCUCAAAUUGAAGAGAAGUUUCCCCGUUUCAUCACAAGACGCCUGUACCAUCCUAUUUUUGAAGUCAUGCCAAACAAAAAGACCCUUGGGUGGAGAUUUAAAAGGAUUCUUAGUCUUUUCCAAGGAGCUCUUAAAGAUUUUUCCACUACAACCGGCGAGAAAGCUUCAGAUGAACAAGAAGUUAAUUUGAAUGACAUGUCGUCAACUCUCGAGAAGAACAGGCGUCAGAUCAAAGCUUUGGCUGUAGCAAUAGAGGCACAAGCUAAUAUGUUGAAGUCAAUGUCRGAAAAAAUGGAUAGCUAUUUCAAGGUGGAGAGUGGGCCGCGCACUAUAAAACUGGAAGACUUAAUAAUUAAAGAUGCCAAUGAAGACACUGGAAUGUGAGAGACGGAAAAUGAAGCUCAGCCAUAUUUAGAAAAAGAAAAAAAUUGCUAAUAAGGACAUAACUUGACAAAGAUAACGUAGAACAGUUGAACAAAUGACAGCAUAGAAAUUGAUUUGAGAAUAUGUGUGUGGCUGGAAAAUCUGUGGAGUAGAUAACACACCCAGUCAAACAAAYUGCCUUUUUGGGGUCGACCACUACUGUCAAAACAAAGCUUGUGAUUGAUUGAGACAGCAAGACAACAACAAUAACAAAAAAAUGCAGGAAUAUGUCAGACAAUGUCUGUUAUUCUACUGGACAUCUUUGCUUUUUGCAUUGUCUGUCUCUGUGUUAUUUCAUCAAAUCACAACCUUUGUUCUUAUAGCAGGGUACAACUCCCUUUUUUUAACACGCAGUUAUCCUCUUAAAGUUAUCCUAUUGUGGAUUUAUAGAAAUAUCUAUUUUAACUUUUACAAAUUCAUUAUUGUAUCAUCUUUUAUCUACAAAAUUCAUAUCUGUUACUUUUAAGUUUAUCAACACUACUGUAUAUUUUGAAAGAUAAACUAGGUAGCUAAGCUGAACAUCCAGCGGAUGAGGUUGCAACGACAGAUAUCUGUGAAUGAUUGUCCCAGGAUUGAGCCAAAGGUAUCUUUGGUUGCAAUCUUAACCAUAUUGUCCCACUUCCAUGCUAAAACUAGGCUGCUUUUCCAUAAGCUUCUGUGAAGACGAACUGUAUUUAAAUAAGUACAGUAUGUCAUGUAUACAUUAGUUAAAAUAUAUCACUGUAAACGAGAACAUUUAUUGAACAUCUCUAUAUUUCAUUUAAACAUGACUAUAAAAAAAGGAYUAUUUUCUUUUAAAUCGRGAAAUAGUAAAGAGUGAUGUAAAUAUAAAUAAGACAUUCAAGGAUGAGGAUUUGUAUUAAAAUCUCACAAAAAGGGAUUGACUGAACAAUGUCUGAUUAAAUCCAAGAAGACAUAAAACCUUGCUGAUCAAACGUUAACUCGAUGCUGGAUGUUAGAAUCCUUUCUGAUGAUGGCAUGUAACUCUAAUCGAUGCAAUACAGAAUUUAUACAGAUGCAAGA